GCUUCGGCUUUCGUGACAGCUCUACUGGCACGACCAGCGGAUUUCAAGGGCUGGAACACCUGUUUACUCGACCGAGAGCCACAGCGACACGGCCAAGAUGUUGAAUAUGUGGAAAGUGCGGGAGCUGGUUGAUAAAGCAACCAACGUUGUGAUGAACUAUACUGAAACUGAGUCGAAAGUUCGGGAAGCCACCAAUGAUGACCCAUGGGGACCUUCUGGACAGCUAAUGGGAGAAAUUGCGAGGUGCACAUUUAUGUAUGAACAGUUUCCAGAGGUAAUGAACAUGCUGUGGACAAGAAUGCUCAAAGACAACAAGAAAAACUGGAGAAGAGUUUACAAGUCUUUACUGCUGCUGGCUUACCUGAUCAGAAAUGGGUCUGAACGCGUGGUCACGAGCGCAAGAGAACACCUGUAUGAUUUGCGCUCAAUUGAGAGCUAUCAUUGUGUCGACGAGAACGGCAAGGACCAGGGUGUCAAUGUGCGUCAGAAGGUGAAGGAGCUUAUAGAGUUUGUGCAGGAUGAUGACAGAUUGAGAGAGGAAAGGAAGAAGGCUAAGAAAAACAGGGACAAGUAUAUAGGCGUGUCCUCUGAUAGUAUGUCAGGCUUCAGAUACUCGGAGGACAGGUUUGAUUCCAGAGAGCCACGCUCAAAAUGGGAUGAUGACUGGGAAAAGAACAAGGGAGCAUUCCCUUUUAGUGAAAAACUGGGAGAGAUCAGCGAUAAGAUCGGAAGCACCAUUGAUGACACCAUUAACAUGUUCCGCAAAAAAGACAGGGAGGAUUCGCCUGACAGAUUCAGUGAGGCAGAUGAGGAGCGCCGGGGAACGAGAAAUGGGCAGUCGGGGAAAUCUGAGUUUAAAGAUGAUGAAGAAACUGUGACAACCAAAAGCGUCCAGAUCGUCCAGGCCACAGAGACCACUGCCACUCGUAAAAAAGGCGUUCCCUCAAAAACGAUAGACCUUGGAGCAGCUGCUCAUUACACUGGCGACAAAUCCUCCAACAAUUCUAACACAAACCAGACUACUACGACAUCAGCAGUGAGUCAGCCCAGUUCUGGAUUGGUGGACCUGUUCUCAGCAGAUCCUGCACCUGCUCAACCAGCUUCCAAAGGUCUCAGCUCUGACCUGAUUGGAGGUUUUGCUGAUUUCUCCUCUCCUGCAGCUGCAGCCAGUCUUCCGUCAUCAACUGCCCCUGCGUCUAGUGGGAAUGGAGGAGACUUUGGGGAUUGGAACGCUUUUCCUGCAGCCCAACAAGCCGUCCCAGCAGCCCAGCCUGUGAACCCUGCAGGAAUAGACCUUUUCUCAGGUUUUCAGACGGCUCCUGCCCCAGCUCCUGUAUCCACCGCUCCCUCAUCUGACCUCUUUGACCUAAUGGGCUCCUCCCAGACCACUAACUUCAGCACCUCCCAAAGCUUGAACUUCUCCAUGACCACCUCUCAGACCAUUGGCAUGCCAACGUCCAAAUCACAGCCACUGCAGACUAUGGGCGUCCCGCUGAUGCCCCAGCAGCCGAUGGCCCAGAAGCCCAAUCCCAAAGCCCCUGUGCCCUCAACCUGGUCCAAUUCUAAUGUAGACAUAAGCCUGGACUAUCUUGGCCCUGGCAUGCAGCCGCCCAAACCUUCUCAGCCUACACUCAGCAUGAUGCAGCAAGGAGGUCAGACUCCUGUCAAUAUGAUGACUCAGGGCUUUGCGGGCAUGAAUCUGGGCAUGCAGGCUGCCCCUUCAAUGGUCAGACCGCCCACCAACACCAUGGUGGGAGGAAUGAACAUGAGCAUGCAGCCUGGCAUGACCUCUAGCCCCAUGUCUAUGCCACAAAUGGGAGGGAUGCCAGUCAAUCAGGGCAUGAUGGGAAUGAAUAUGAACAUGGGCAUGUCAGCAGCCACCAUGGGCAUGCCAGGAGGUAUGGGCAUGGGUACGGGGAUGCCAGGCAUGGGAAUGAGCCCUGCCAUGGGACAGCCUAAACAAGAUGCCUUUGCAGAUUUCGCCAACUUCGGGAAAUGAUUAGCCGAGUAUUACACGAACAGUCCUUUUGGAGAGGUGACCAUGAAGAAGCUAUGAAGAGCUAGAAGACAAAGACUACUUGAAAAUGAAGCCACGCAGGAAUUGUUUGUUCAUAUGAUGCUGAUGUCCAACUGGAUGAUUAUAUUAUUUUCUGUGUUCUUCUGAUCAGCUGUACCAAGGAGCCCCGUCCAGGGUGGCUGGUUUGUUCUGAAAAUCGUUUCAGUCGUCGCACACGCACUUCCCACGUUUCCAUGGGACAUCGCUUUAAGGAAUGUGAUGAUAGUGAAUGACUCCAGUUGACUUUAUUCUUUCACUGAACUUCUUCAUUUAACCCAUAACGUACUUGGGUUUCUAAUGCUGUAGAA